AUAUUCGAAGAAAUGAUUUGAAGAAAGAUGGCAUUUACAAUUAUUCCUAUAGCCUCGGUCGUCAUUCCGGUGUUAAAUAUGACUUUGGAAGAUCUUUAAUAUUAAUUCAUGUUGCUACAGUUUAAAUUGACCUAACGGUGUUCAAUUAAUUGAAGGAUACUAUAAUGCGUGUCAUGAAUCAAAUUUAAGUUAUAAUGAUUCAUCCUGAUUAUUCUUAGCGCGUUUAAAAACGGACAAAUACAUCGACUACAUACUGCUUAUUGUUUUGUGUAAAAUUUAUUCCUGUCAUCGUGCAACUUAUGGCAAUAAACAAUUUAGAUUACACGUUUUUUUCUAUAAAUGAGAAUUAUUAAAGCUAAAAAAAAAGACUAUUUACAAGGAAUAUAUGUUUCUAAUGAAAUCGUAUGAUGUUGAGACGCGUUCUUUGAUGUCAACAACCUUUAGAAAAUUCGUGUAAAAAAUGCAAAAUAUUCUUACAAUGGAACGUGAGAUGUGAGAAGGUGUUUAAAUCACUGCUUUCUCAGGUGUACUGGAACGUAGAUAGUCCUGCUGUUCAUCGCUUCAAGUACAAGUAUCCUAUGAUGUUUUCAUCAGGUCUUGGCUGUAAUCUUUCCUUCCCCAGUUGUCUGGGCUAUCCACGAGAUAGCGAAGAACUGAUACCAAAAAUGGCGCGUGAACCAAUUAUUCUGAAUGUUUAUGAUAUGUAUUGGAUAAAUGAAUACACUACUCCAAUCGGACUUGGAGUAUUUCAUUCAGGUGUUGAAAUAUAUGGGACAGAAUAUGCUUAUGGAGGUCAUCCGAAACCAAAGUCUGGCAUUUUUGAAAUAACUCCUAGAGUUGCAGAAGAGCUUGGUGAACAAUUUAGAUAUAGGCAUUCAGUACACAUUGGAUAUACAGAUUUUACAGAGGAAGAUGUUACCAGGAUUAUAAAUGAAUUGGGAAAGGAUUUUAGGGGAGAUCGUUAUCAUUUGAUGAAUAAAAAUUGUAAUCAUUUUAGUAGUCAGUUUACAUUGAUUCUAUGUGGUCAAGAAAUUCCUGGAUGGGUUAAUCGUUUGGCAUACUUCAGUUCGUGUGUACCAUUUUUGCAGCGUUGUCUCCCUAAAGAAUGGUUAACUCCUGAUGCCCUUCAGCAUUCUUUAAAUCAAGUCAGCCAUCACGAAAGUACACCACCUUCUGAUACUUCCUUGUAACAUUUGGCUAAUAUUACCAAUGAGAAAAGUUUAGAAUAUCCUAGAAGGUACACUUUAUAGACUAUUUACGCAUCGUGACGAGAAAAAUUUUAUUACAACAGCCCCGUAUAUUGCCAGGAACUUGAUAUCCAGGCAAUUCAAAUGUCAGUCAGAGGUACAAAUUUGACAUUGUACUUCUCAAUGCAGCUGAUAAAUAUUAGUACUCAGAGAAUUGCCUUCCCUGCAAAAUGUCGUCUAACAAAUUUUCGACGACAAAAUACAGGUCGCGUGUGUUCUUUGUUUAAUAGUUAUAUAACAAAUAGAUAAUUACCUACAAAUCAAAGCCAUACCUGAGACUGAGACGUUUAUUGGUCGAAAAGGUCAUAUUUCACGUAUGAUAUAAAUUAUGUUUCAUUAAAUUUUUAUAGCCGUAAAGACAUUCUUUAUUUAAAUACGAUCUCGAAUUAUAUAUUUUUUAACGAGCACGUUUAGAUUUAUCUCAGAAGAAUUUACAAAAUUAUUAUAGUCGAAAUAUCUUUUGUGAUCAUUAUCUAAAUGUUCAGGCUACUCCAUUUCUAAAACAAAUAAUGAUUUAAUAUUUUUAAUUAUUAUCAUUGUCAUUAUUAUUAUUAUAACGCUAUAUAUGUAUUUAUUCUUUUUCAAUCUUUGUACAUCCAAUAUCCCUUUGUAUAGUUACUCAUAGUAAUCAUUGAAGAAUUCAAUCACAUCAAACAGAUUUACAAGAAAAAUUAAAGCAUUUACGUAUAAUAAUAAAAAUGAAUAUAACAUUUAUGUAUAAUCAUUUUUAUAUAAUUCUUGAAAGACAUUUAGCUUUUUCAUUACUUUUAAUGCACGUAUAAGUAGCACGCUGUUUUAUUAGAGUUAAUCGAAUUAUUCUUCAAAAUUUUUAUGUAUAAAGAGAAUGUUAAAUUUUUUGUAAAAGGAUAACAGAAUUUUCCACGAUUCGAUGAUAAGAUUAAAUGCAAACACAAAAAAAGAUUGUGGUUUCAGAGGCUUUUGCCAGAUUUGUAGCUGGAUGAAUUUAAUAAAAUACUGUCAAAAGAA